AUGUCCAUGCUACCCGAGAAGAAGAAGCCAAAGCCUGAGGAGCUGGCCACAAGAAGCGAGAAUAUCCCACAGUCUGAAGGUGUGGCACCAGAACAGCCCAGCAGAAGCCGAAGAACUCGACGUAGCGAGGUAUCUCAGACCAGCAAUGAGGCACAGGUUACUACAGAGGAUGUCAGUGAUGAAGUCGAUCACAACAUAACACGCAACGGCGCAUCUAGAUCGAAGCGCAGGAAGGUCUUACCGAGCCACACACCCGAUCAGCAUGCACAGGUGGUUAGCCCGAAGAGAAGCCCGUCUAGGUUGAGCUUGCGCCAAGCUUCGAGGACACCAGAGAAGCCUGCCGACGAGAACGAAGAGCUGCAUUGUGGCGACGAUGCGCUACCCUCGCCUAUGACUUCGAACGAUUUCGCGUUAGAAGACGAUCCAAAAUCAGCGACGACCCCUGGUGGUGAGGACGUUCAGAUGAUGGACAACGACUCGGAUCAAGGAAAAGAGAUCAGCAUAUUGAACCUUGGUCGUAGUGGACGCUCCAGCAGGGCUCGGCCUAGGGUGUCCUAUGUUGAACCCAUGCUUGAGGACGUAUCCGACCAAGACCUGGGUCUCGCAGCCGAAGACGAAGAUGAGGACGUAUCAGACAUCUACAGUUCUCCUACAACGGACGAAGAAGAAGAAAGCGAAGCGGAGAUUGAGCCUGCAUCUUCCGAUGAGGAAGCAUCGAGCGCCAGUGACGCUGAAUCGUUAGACAUCUCCAUAGAUGAGGACGUCAUCCCUGUUGAAGACGAUCAACCCAAGCCAAACCCACGCCGGAACACUAAGACUGGAGAACCAAGUCGAGCUGGCAAAGGCAUCGAUCUGAGCCUUCCCCCGCUCUCGAACAUUCAAGACUGCAUGUUUGAUAUGACUGCCAAAGCAGUAAACCUCGGCCUUUGUGAAGCUCUUCAAAGCCUAGGAGAAAGGCCUAUCAGAGUAGCGACCAUGUGUUCUGGUACUGAGUCGCCGUUGCUAGCCCUGGAUGAGAUAUCAAAAGCACUUGAACGUAUGGGGAAACCUCCAAUGUACAUUCAGCAAGAAUUCUCCGCGGAGAUUGAAAUCUUCAAACAGGGAUACAUUGAGCGGAAUUUCGCUCCCAGGAAGUUGUUCCGAGACGUGCGCGACUUCCUACGCAAAGACACCACCACCGCUAUCACAGCAUACGGAGCAGAGGUCGACAUUCCCACGAGCAUAGACAUGCUCAUCGCCGGCUUCGUCUGCAAGGAUCUCUCGCGGAUGAACAACAAGGGAAAGACUAUCGACGACGGCGGCGAAUCGGGCGACACAUGGCGAGCAAUCUACACCUACGCGGAGCGCUUUCGCCCCAGCCUAGUACUGCUGGAGAAUGUCAAGAAUGAGAAGAAGACUUGGGAUGACGUGGUACAAAGAUGGUCCAAGAUCGGUUACGAAGCUCAAUGGAUCUAUUGCGACACGAAAAACUACUAUCUGCCGCAAACCCGAGAGAGAAUGUACAUGAUCGCUGUGGAGCGUAGCCAUUUCGGUAAAGAUGUGAAGAGAGCGACAUACCAGUGGAAGGAGUUGAUGCAAAACUUGGAAAGACAGUGCAGUAGCCCUUACGAGGCGUUUCUCCCUGAAUCGCUGAAAGAGUCAAGUGGUUACAGCAUUUUGAAGAACGAGCCGGACUGGGCUUUGUGCAAGCUCCGGAAUGAUCACAUUCGCUCUGAGAAGAAACUUGGAAUACUCAGUCCUGUGAGCCGGCGGAGCGACAACGGCACGGUCAUGCCUCCCGAUUUCGCUGACCGAAAGUUCUACAAUUCUCAAUCUUCGAGAGUACAUGAUGCUAUCGACAUUGCUCACCUAGAGUUUGCUGCUCUCAAGGGCUGCGAUUCGCUUUACAAGAUGGCGUUAUGGGAUGUCAGUCAAAACGUCGAUCGAUUCAAGGCAGAUUUGGGCAUUGCGCCAUGCCUGACUCCAGGUGGGCAAGACUUUGCCAGCAACCGCCAGCACACUCUGAAUGGUAGUCAGCUUUUGAUCCUUCAAGGCAUGCCGCUCGAUCGACUAUUAUUCGCGAACGAAACACAAAAGGACCUACAAAACCUCGCUGGCAACGCCAUGUCAACUACAGUGAUCGGGGCGUCUCUCAUUUCUGCCCUCAUUGCCGGCUCACAAGCUUUUCGUUCCGAACACAAUGUCACAUCUGACAAAGUACAAGCUCCUCCGCCCACUAGUAGAAUGAUCGCCCAGCCAGAGGUCUUGGGUCAUACAACCCUGGAACCAAGCAUUUAUAAAGAUCUCGACCUGGCCGAGCUCAGGCACGAAGCAAAGAUGAGUGCGCGUAUGUGCAACUGUGAGGGCAAACAAAUUAUCAGCAAGACCGCGAUCCAUAUCUGCUCUGCUUGUGGACAUUCAGCUUGCGCCUCCUGUGCCGGGAAUCCCAAGCACGUUUAUCAAGAAAUUGUCUUACCGAGUCGUCGAACGCCGCUACCUGACGACUUCAUCAGGCGGUGGAGACCCAGGUUGCCUGCGCGACUGAAGUUCCAUGCCUUCCCUAACAUCUCUCAUCUGGCUGCCAAUAUGGGCCCAAAAGACCCGAUUCUGAGCGAGUAUCUGACCAUUUUAUCGGAAGCGCAGCUGAGCUUUCAGUAUUUCUGUAUUGGUGAAUUCUCCAGAGAGUACAAUGAGUGGAAGAUCACCUACAGCUCGUCUAGUGCCACGAUUGAGCUGAAGGUCGGCUCCGAUAUUCGAUGGUCAUUAUUCGUCAGAUGUCCACCGAAUCUCCCGGGUAACAGCCCCUUGCGCGAGUUCGUUCGCAAUCCGAUCGCACAAAGCGCCACCACCAAUACUCUCUUCGACGUCGAGUGGAAUAUACGCAUACCCUACACCCAGAACCAUAUUCUCAACAUGAGCGGCUCGGCUGAUAGGAUUAGCUCUUGGAGGAGUCGGCUCGGUCUUGUGGACUACAAAGAGGAGACCGUACCAAGAACCAUUAAAAUUCGGGGCAAUGACCGGGAGGUGGCGGCCAUCACCGGCGAUUACGAGCAUCAACCGCAUUGUGGAACUGCGUCAACUAGCCUUUACAAAAGGUCAACGGGUGUGAACAGCAUGUACUUGUUUCUCGAUCCUAACCCUAUCGGCCGAUCAGAUCAUGACAGCUUCGUCUUUAGCCAGGACCAUACCCGCAAACACUAUGGAGACAGCCGUGUCACGCUGGCCCGUGUGCAUCCAUCCUGGCGACCCUGGGAUGUGGAGGACGGAUGUGUGGACGCCAUUACCAUCACAAUUCCUGACGUGCACGCCCCUGCUGAAAUGAUGCUUGUACCAGCAACUGUUCCUCUGAACGUGGGUUUUCUCGAUGAAGGAUGCCUCGUUGACAACAACCUACCAGAUUGCUCCCAGGCGCUCACUUGCCUAGACGUCUCUCUUCAAGAUGAAGUUUCAGUGCGUACUUUUGCAGAGUAUUCCUGGGCUCUAGAGAGCGCUAAAAUGUUACCGACAUGCUCAUCUUGGCAGACAGUGCAGUCAGACUGGUCCGGGGAGUGUUCCUGCGCACCACUGUAUCCCGAGAUUCUCUGGAGUGUCAACAAGAAGAGUCUAGCGACAGCACACGAGGACCGCCGAGCUGCUGCCGCAUUCGAGCGCGCCAUCAAGCAACGCCCUGAUAUAGUUCAAUUGGAAGCUUCCAGUGAUCUGUCAGGGACACGAAUCCGGAUCGGUGUCGAUGUUCUGUCGUUGACGCAUCGCGCGCGAGGAAGGUUUGCCAAGGGUGUUUCCACGACUACUUCCUGGAGGCUGAUAACGGAUCAUGUUGAUUUACCUUCACAGCCCCUCCAGAAGUUUCAACUGCAAAGCAAUGCGAACGAUAUUCAAGAUCCCGCAAUUAUGCCGCCGGAGUAUCUACGGGGUGCGCAGGUAAAAUCUGUGUCAUGGAUGGCAAGGCAAGAGCGAGGGAUAAUAACGAAACUCAUCGAGACAGAAGAAUCAGUGCACUCAGGUCUAGGUUGGAGAGUGGAGGCUCAAGCAGAGACAGAGCAAGUUGUGCGUGGUGGUGUGCUCGCCGAUCACCCGUCCUUCGGCAAGACUGUCACAAGUAUUGGGCUCAUCCAGAGCGAAUUCGAACAGUGCACGAUGGAUACACUCAUUCAGCGCAACCGAUCCAUGGCACCUGAGCAGCCUCAACUACUGGAUUCAGCUGCAACUUUGAUCGUUUCACCUCCCCAUAUUACAAGUCAAUGGAGUACAGAACUGGAGAACUUUCUCGAAUCCCAAAAAUACGACAGCUACAAUGUUCUUGUCAUAGAGAACUACAGUCAGCUGAAGAGUCUAAAGAUUGAAGACCUCUUACGAAGCAAAGUCAUCAUAGUGUCUUGGACGCUGUUUGCAGAUGAAGCUUACAUUUCGGAGCUAGCAACGUUCACCGCACUGCCAGAGCCUUUGAUGACCAGCCGUCGUGCAUUCAGUUGCUGGCUCGAUAGGGCCGUUGGCGAGAUCCCAAACCAGCUGGCUGUGUACAAGCGUCAUGACUAUGAGAACUUUCAACGGCUAACGAAGGAACUCGUGGAUGAAAAGCUCCAGCAACCCGCAUUCCAGGCCGCAUUGCCAAUAAGCAUCCGGCAUGGUAGCGCAUAUCUUUCCUUCGAGGCCAUGUCCUCUACUUCAGGUCCAUCGAAAAAAGCCAAAGCCAAGGCGAAAACUAAGGCCACGUCGAGACCAGGUAGCUCAUCACACCUAGUGCCACUACUCCAUCUCUUUCGGUUCAACAGAAUCAUCGUUGACGAAUAUCACUAUCUCAAUGACACGAACAAGAUGGGAAACAACUUCAUGGCUACGAGCAUCAAACAAGUUGCUGCACAUAAACGCUGGGUGUUGUCUGGAACGCCAGCCUUAGCCAACUUCUCUGAUGUCAAUCAGCUGGCAUCCUUCCUCGGAGUCAAACUUGGUCGGUACUUCUGUGGCGACGGCACGGUUACGACAUCCGCGGAGAAGGUCUCCAAGCUUGAUCAAACUGAUGUAGAAAGCUUCUUAUCGCAAACGGAAGUCAUGUCCAGACAAUGGCAUGAAGCGAGACACCAACGGGCGCAGGCCUUUCUCGACAAAUUUGUGAGACAGAAUGAGGCUGAGCUUCAGCACAUUGACUGCUCGGAGAAGCUCCUAUCGGUGGAUCUGGAUGCUGCUCACCAUGCCGUCUACUUGGAGCUUUCUCAAUACCUCAUUUCUCAAAAGAUGCAGAUCAAGAAGCUCAACAAGAAGUCUGGCUCGGACAGGAGUAGCAGGCUGAAUGACAGCCUAGAGAAUUCCGCAAGUGCCGAAGAAGCACUGCUCAGGUGUGCUUUACUCUUUGAGACAGAGGAAGGCAAAUCUGCGCUUGAGCUCUUAUUCGAAAAAAGGUCGCAACAAUUACGCAACACCAAGAAGGACUUGUUGAAGCUGCUAUCGAAGUUCGAGGGCUUGAUGAAGAAGUCUAAGAACAACGAGCCGACCAUUAAAGACCUUUAUGGCCAUUUCCAGAAGGAUAUAUCACAGUACAAUUGGCUCGGAGAUGACGAGUCCAGCCAAGUUGUUCGCGGCUUGAUUAAAGAAGCACAAAAGACCCCCAAAUCUGGCUUUGCUGAUGUCGCGGACAUAUCGAAACUUCAGCGCGAGCGGUUGAUCAAGCAGGAACUUUCACAGCUCCGCGAUACCGCUCUCGAAUUCGCGCAUAGGACAAGGUCGAAACGUUUCAUCGCAUCGAUCCACGACUAUCUUCAACUUGCAACUGUCGGCAAGGAACCUACCCGUUGUAGCUCGCCUGUUUGCAAAGGCGUAGUUAACCCUCAAUUACUCUUCUCGAUACCACACUGCGGCCAUACUGCAUGUAAAGAGUGUCUUGCGUUGCGGACCGACGACGAGACUUGCGUACAUACUGGCUGCACUUCCUACGCAAGCGAAGGUAACCUGAUACGGAUGGCUGAUCUUGGUCUAAGUCACGACCAACAAACUGGUCAGAGCUUUGGCAACAAGCUUGAGGCGAUUGCCCAACUUGUUCAAGGGCUUCCACAAUCUGAUCAAUGCAUCGUUUUCGCGCCAAACGAGGAGAUCAUCAGCAUUCUCGAGACAGUGUUCGACCACUGUAAUGUCUCUUACCACUCGUUGGGCGGAAGUCGACAUAAGGCGUCGGCAGCGAAGCUUAUGGAGGACUUCAAGACGAACACAAAUCCCAAAAAGAGGAAAACUCUCAUCAUACUCAAUCUGGGAAGCGAGUCUGCAGCUGGCGUCAACCUGACAGUGGCCAACCACGUUGUAUUCGUUUCGCCCUUCUUGGCAAAGACGCAGUAUGACUACGACUCAGCCAUGGCACAAGCUAUCGCUCGAAGUCGUCGUUAUGGCCAGCAGAAGAAGGUUCACAUCUAUCAUGUCAUCGCAAAGCGUACGAUUGACGUAGAUAUCCUCGAACACAGGCACAGACGCAGCGACGCGAUUACUACCAUGGAGGCAGCGGUCGAGUUACCAAAGCCAUCGUCUACAAAGAAAGAAAGGACGAAGCUUCUCAAGAACAGCAAGGGCGAGAUAAUACUGAUGCCGCUUAGCUGGCUAGCAGAUGAGGCCAAGCGAAGAACGAUGGAGAUUGAGGAGACGACGGAGCAGUUCACCUCCCUGAUCAACUUUUCCGAGACGUUCGAGCAGGAGGAUGACGAGCCUUGA